AACAACAACAACAACAACAACAACAACAACAACAACAACAACAACAACAACAACAACAACAACAACAACAACAACAACAACCACCGACCCCACAACAAGCUCAACUUCAGCAAAUUCAACCCCAACAAGUUCAGCAAACCCAACAAGGUCAACAACAACAGCAACAGCCAUUUAACCAAACACUACAACAAAUCCAAUACCUUAAGCAACUUCAACAACAUCUCGUUCAAACCCUUCAACAAAAUAUCAAAAAUUUUUCACCACAACAACAGGCUCAAAUAACACAACAACAUCAACUUGUAAGUAACCAAUUACAACAAUUACAAAUACAACAUUUACAACAACAACAACAACAACAACAAUAUCAACAAAACCCACAACAACCAUCUACACCACAACAACAACCUACACCACAACAACAACCUACACCACAACAACAACCUACACCUCAAAUGAAUUCACCAAAUGUACAACAAAGUCAAACACCACAGCAAUUGUCUUAUCAACAUCAAUUGCAAAUGCAAUUACAGCAACAACAACAAUUAAAUCAAAACCAAAACCAAAACCAAAACCAAAACCAAAACCAAAACCAAAACCAAAACCAAUUUAACCAAAACAAUAGCCAAAACCAAAACAAUAACCAAAACAAUAACCAAAACCAAAACCAAAACCAAAACCAAAACCAAAACCAAAACCAAAACCAAAACCAAAACCAAAACCAAAACCAAAACCAAAACCAAAACCAAAACCAAAACCAAAACCAAAACCAAAACCAAAACCAAAAUCAAAACUUAAACCAAGUACAAAAUCAAAAUCAAAACCAAAAUCAAGUACAAAAUCAAAAUCAAGGUCAAAACCAAAAUCAAAAUCAAGGUCAAACACCACAACAAAUUUAUCAACAAAUCUUAUCACAACCAAUUCAUCAAAGAAUUCCAAAUUUAAUUGAUUUCCAUAGUCAACAAAUGCAACAAUGCUCUGCUAAAUAUGUACAAUAUCAACAACAAUUUUCUGGAUAUCAAAAUCAACUUCAACAAAAUCCAACUUUACAAUCAACUAAUCCACAACAAUUUGCAAAUAUUCAACAUACGAUGCACCAAUGUCAACAAAAUAUGGCUAAACUUAAAUCUCAUCAUACUCAAAAUCAACAACAUGUAAUUCAAUUACAACAACAAUUAUUGCAAUUACAACAACAAGGUCAACAAGGUCAACAACAACAACAACAGGGUCAAGGACAACAACUACAACAAUAUGGUAAUGUUUUAUCUAACAACCAAUCACAGUUAACAAAUAUAAAUGGUCAACCAACACAAAAUCUCAAUAAUAUGAAUGGUAAUCAUAUUCAACAACAACAACAACUUCAGCAAUCACAACAACAACAAAUUCAACAAUUACAACUUCAACAACUUCAACAACUUCAACAAUUCCAACAAAUGGCUCAACAACAACAACAACAAUUACAAAAUCAACAAAAUCAACAAAAUCAACAAAAUCAACAAAAUCAACCACCAAUAAAUCCACAACAACAACAACAACAAAUCUAUCAACUUCAACAACAACAACAGCAACUUCAACAACAACUCCAACAACAACAUCAACAACAACUCCAACAACAACAACUUCAACAACAACAACAAUCUCAACAACUUCAACAACAAAUUCAACAACAAUUACUUCAACAACAGCAACAGCAACAACCACCUCAACUUCAACAACUUCAACAACAACUCCAACAACAACAGCAACUUCAACAACAGCUUCAACAACAACAACUCCAACAACAACAACUCCAACAAGCUUCUAAUAUGACAGCAGCAGCAACUACAGCAGCAGCUACAGUAUCAGCAGCGGCAGCAGCACUAGAAGAUAAAAAAAAGAGAAAAGGUGAAAGAUUAGAGAAAAGAGAGGCAAAACGUCAAGAAUUAGAUCUUCAACAAAAGAAAAUCAUUGAGGAAGCAUUGAUUGAACGUAAAGUUGCAACUCAACCAGAUUAUAAAACACCAUUUAAAUCACUGCAAGAUGCCAAUGAAAGAUUGGGUUGUUUUAAAGUAUUUUCAAUAUUGGAGCCACAAAGAUUACAAAUCAUUCAAACUGAAGAAGAUGAGAGAAGACCAUUGGAUAGCUUUUUGAAAACAAUGGAAAACUAUUGUACAAAGUUUGAUAAAUACUCUGAAUAUCAAGUUAACAAACCUAAUUAUCAAAAUAAUUAUGAUCAUUUUAUUCUUUGGAAAUGCUUAUCAACUGAAUUGCCUGAAUAUAAAACUCAACAAGCUUUAAAAUCAACUAUAACUUCACCAAUUGCCAAUAGUGUUAAUACUUUAACAACAACAACAACUUCAACAACUACACCAACAUCAACAACUGUACCAACACCAACUGCAAAUACAACUACACCAACAUCAACUAUUGGUGCUGUGAUAAUACCAACUGGUUUAGUAAAUGGUACUACUACAGUAGUUCUAAAUCCACAACAACAGCAACAACAACAAAUUUUAUCACCAAAUAUGUCUAUCGGUACACCAUCAGUGGUAACACCAGUACAAACACCAUCAUUAGUAUCGCCAUUACCUUCGACUUCAACUCCUCAAUUUUUAUCACCUGCCCAAGCAAAUCCAAUUUCAUUGGCAACAAUAAUACCACCCACAACAGCGAUAACAACAACAACAGUACCACCACCACCAACAACCAAUGAAGAGUCUUCAAUAUCUGUAAAUACAUCAGCAACUGCAACAGAAAUAACAGAAACAAAAACAGAAACAAUAUCUACCAAAGAUCCAGAAACAACAACAACAACCACAUCUACCACUGAAUUAGAUGCAGCAACAGUAAAUCCAAUAAUUACACCUGCAACUUCUGAAAUAAUACUAUCAGGAGUUGAAUCAAAAGAAACAACAACAACCACAACCACAACAAGCGAAUCAACAGAUAUUCCAUCAACUUCCACCAUCACUUCUACAUCACCAAAUAAUACAUCAUCAGAAUUGGAAAACUCUUUAGUGUCUGAAGUUAAUAAUAAUAAUACCACUACCAUCACUAAUACCACCUCUGACAAUAUCACAACGACAUCAAUAGCAGUCUCCACACCAAUGGAUGGAAUAGAGUCUAAAGAUUUAAAUAUCACCGCAACAAUAGCUGAAAACGAAAUCUCAACAGCAACAACCACAUUAAUAAAUACUGAAGAAGCAGAAGCAACAACCACCACAUUCACAAAUACAGAGGAAACAACUACUACUACAACAACAAAAGAAAUAGAUCAAAUACCUAUUAAUGGAGAGGUGAUAAAUGGUAAUGAAAUUCCGGGAGAUAAUGUUGCUCAACAAAUGAAAGUUGAUAGUGAUAACACCAAUGAAACUAAUCAAAAAGAAAAUAAUCAAAAUGAUAAUAAUAGUCAAAGUAUAAAUCCAACAACCAGCAAUCAAACUAAUAAAAUUACAAAUGACAAUGUUAAUAAUAGCGAAACAGAUCAAAUUUUAAAUUUUAUACAGGAUAAUAAUAAUAAUAAUAAUAAUAACAAUAAUAAUAAUAAUAAUAAUAAUAAUAGUAAUAGCGAAAAUAAUAAUGAUAACAAUAAUGAUAAUAACAAUCAAGGUUUAAAUAGUUUAAUGAAAAAUGAAAAAGAAAUUGUAAAUAAUAAUAAUGAUAGUAAUAAUAUUGAUAAUACAACAAAUACAAGUAACCAACCUACACUAUCCAAUCAAGAUGAUGAUAAUAAUAAUAAUAAUAAUACGAUCAUUCCUCAAAGUUUAAAUCCCACGAAUAAUACUGAGGUUAUUUAA